AUCACAUGAAAAGUCCAAAAAAACAAAAACCCAAAACAAAAACUCAGACACACCUGACCUGCCGUUUUCCUUCUGGGUUCUGUCCUUUUUUCCCCAUUAUUCAGCCCUUCUUCUUCUACUUUUUGCUUCCCUUUUUCUAGGUUUUCAGCUAGAAUUUCUUGAUCAUGCUUUUAAUCCGAUCGAUUAGAUAGGAUUUUUACAAGUUUGGGGGGAAUGGGUGUUUGUUAUUCUUCGAUUAAUGGCAAGAAAAAGAGAGUGUGGGAGAAAGAAUAUGGUACAGAUUUAAAGUUAAGGAAGGGUAGUUCUAGUGAUUUUUUCACGUUUCUCAGCAAAUUAAGUGGCGGCGGCGCCGUUGCAGCGGCGGAGAAGGGAGUACUUCAUCGAGUUCCCGGCAGGCUUUCCGCAAAUGGUGCAAGCCGGAUCGCUAGUUUGUACACUCAGCAAGGCAAGAAAGGUACCAAUCAAGACGCCAUGAUUGUUUGGGAGAAUUUCUGUACGAGAAGCGGUAUGAGUACGACAUUUUGUGGAGUUUUCGAUGGUCAUGGUCCUUAUGGUCAUAUGGUCGCAAGGAAAGUUCGGGAUGCUCUUCCGCUUUUGCUGCGUGCAGAGUUGGAAGGUAAACACGAUAGGAAUCAAACUUCUGAUCAAGAGAAUGGCAAUGCCCUGGAAAUGACUCAUUUUGAUGAGUUUAAGGAUGAAGACAAGGACGAGUUAUUGGAUGAUGGGCAAAAUGAAAAUCUUCCGGAGAUGCAUAUGCCAAUCAAGAGAUCAAUUUUAAAGGCUUUCCAAAUAAUGGAUAAGGAAUUGAAGUUGCAUUCUACCCUUGAUUGUUUCUGUAGUGGUACAACUGCUGUCACUUUGAUAAUGCAGGAUCAGGAUCUCAUAAUUGGAAAUGUUGGUGAUUCAAGAGCAGUAUUAGCAACGAGAGACAAGGACAACGCGUUGAUGGCUGUCCAGUUGACCGUGGACUUAAAACCUAAUCUUCCAAGAGAAGCUGCAAGAAUCCAGAAAUGUGAAGGAAGGGUUUUUGCAUUGCAAGAUGAGCCGGAGGUUGCACGUGUAUGGUUGCCUAACAGUGAUUCUCCUGGUUUAGCAAUGGCCAGAGCCUUUGGGGACUUCUGUUUGAAAGAUUUUGGUUUAAUUUCUAUGCCAGAUGUUUAUUAUCACUGUAUUACUGAAAGAGAUGAGUUUGUCAUUCUCGCCACUGACGGGGUAUGGGAUGUCCUCUCCAAUAAGGAAGCUGUGGACAUUGUGGACUCGGCUCCUAGUCGUGGAACAGCUGCUCGAGCUCUUGUUGACUGUGCUACGAGAGCAUGGAGGCUCAAGUACCCAACAUCAAAGAUGGAUGACUGUGCCGCCGUAUGUCUUUUCCUCGAACACUCCUCAUCAACUGAUACUGUUAAUGCACCAAACAUUGCAACGAAACCCCCUGAACAGGAAUUGAGUAAAGUCCUUGCAGAGGAGGAACCGUCUGAACAGGAAUCUGGUAAUGUCCUUGCGGAAGAGGAACCCGAUAUCUCAAUUAUUGAUGAGGCUUUUCAAGAUGCUCCUGUCGAUGGUACUAAAUUGUCUAGUGAGAUAGUGCCUGUUGUCGAGGAAGUCGCAGAGAAGCUACCCGAGAGAUCUCUUAGUCAAUCUAAGAGGAGUUUAGCUGAAUUCCUUUCGACUGCAGAGGACGAGGAAUGGUCGGCCCUUGAAGGUAUUACCAGAGUUAAUAGUCUGCUAAGCAUUCCAAGGUUCUUAUCCUGGGACAAAAGAUCAUUGAGUAGGAGAAAGUGGUUAUGAAACAAUUUUAAUAUGUAAAUGGUAUAAUGCUGACAGUGAGUAAAGUGCUAUCAUUUAUCUUUUGCUCUAUAAUAAAGCCUUUACUUGGUGCGCAUUGGAAAUGACAGGACAAGAUGAUGAAGAAAAAGGUCGAAAGUUGUCCAUUAUACUUCAUAGUACGGUUUAAUAAUGUGUAGUAAAUAUACAUUCGAAGAUGGUCAGUCCGAAUCUGAUAGCUUUAAAAUUAUCGAUUUGGAGUUAGUUGCAUGAA